CAACCCUGGGAAAAUGGCGUCGUCCGUCGAACAGAGAUUUCAGGCUGCGGUUGAUGUUAUUCGUAAUUUGCCCAAAAAUGGCUCGUAUAAGCCCUCAAAUGAGAUGAUGCUCAAGUUCUACUCAUAUUUCAAGCAGGCAACAGAAGGUCCAUGUAAUAUCCCACGACCAGGAUUCUGGGAAGUAGUUAACAAGGCUAAAUGGGAAGCAUGGCAUUCACUUGGGGACAUGCCACAGGAAACUGCAAUGGAGAAAUACGUUGAAGACUUAAAACAGAUCGUCGAAACGAUGGCCUUUACUGACAAGGUAGCAGAUUUUCUCACUGUUGUUGGCCCCUUCUACAUUGAGGUGCCUCUUGGUGCGGAAGAUGCAUCAGACUCAGAAGAUAAGCUUGGUGUUCCCAUAAGAGAGAGGCUUGGAAAGGCAGAUUUCUUGCCAAUGGCUACGCCGACCCCCAUGCAGGAGACAGAUGAGUACGAUGAGCUAUGCAACGCGACGAUAGUGGACAGGGAGAUGUCCAGGAUGGAGUCUGAUAGUUGCCAUGCAAUGGCGAGCCCUCAUGUUAGCCCGUUGCAACGCGAAAUGGAAAGCAGCCCUGACCUUAGCGAUGACAGUGAUGGCAAGAAGCAGGAUGUGCUAAUUGGUGCAGGUGAACGCGGCACUCGAGUGAACGGUCACCAGUCGGACUCUGAUUCUGAGACAGACUACUGUGAUACACAAUCCGAGCCGGCAGCAGAACAAGAUUGUCAUCCUCCUCAUCAGGAGCAGCAGCAGGUCCUGACGAAAGCUUGUUUGGCAAGUUAUGAAAAUCGUAAUGGUGCAAUCCGUCCAAAUGGAGUGGAAUUGAUGCCGAACGAGAAGCAUUGCAAAAACAAUUCAGAGAGCGACGUUUGGAGUAAGCUAAGCAAAAGUAGAGCAAUUGAUUCUCCUGCGGUGGUGGUGCCAACUAAAUCUUUAAAUGGCAACGCAUUAAGUGUGGGUUCAAGUGCGAGAACGUUUGUGCCUAGCAUGCAUCUGAGUGGAAAGGAACAGGAUCAAGAUUGUUUAUCGUCAUCGGGCGAUGAUCUUUCAAGUGACUCUUCUGUGGCGUCUAGCAUGUCGAAUUCCAUAGAUGGCAGAAGGGCUCGUGCCGUGGAUGUUCGACCGUAUACGGCGCGUGGUGGGAGGAAUGAGGGUGAUGACAGCAGAUGGAGGCGGGGAACCGGAACGGGAGCCCAAAGCUCCGGGCAAGAAACGCCUUCAGCACAGGGUACAAGCCACGCCGGAGAAGCCACAACAGUCCCCUCAUCUUCGUCCGGGGCAGGAGGCGACGGAGGGCGAGGCUCGCGGGGUGCGGGCCGGACACAGGAGGAUGUCGGUGAACAAAUAGCGCUGACGCUGAUCAGGCUGCAGCAGGACAUGGAGAACGUGCUGGCGCGUCUCAGUGCGCUGGAAACGCUCAGCAUCACACAGCACAACUACCUGAUGCACGCCAACAACCACCAGAGUGCGGGAGCGCGGCAGCCGCAGGGUUCGCUGUGGUCGUGGCUUUUUCCGCGGUUACCGGCGAGGACGGUUGUGUUUAUGGUCGGCUGGCCCUUCGCUGCUUUCAUGCUACUCAAGUUCAUUCGGAGUCGGCAGAGAGUAAGGAGACUGAUGUGGGAAUAGUUUUGUGCCAAACAGAGAAAUGGGAAGAGAUGAAGACGCCAGCCAAUAACUGUGUUUUGCUGUACGGAAGUCAAAUUUCGGCCAUGCGAUGUCAGCAAACUUAAAUUAUAAGUUUAAUAUUUCUUUGUCAUCACGUUGGUACGGGUGUUAGUAUGCUAAAAUGUCUGCGAAUAGUGAACUUGUUUGAAACACAUGAAUGGUUUACUUACAAAUCAUUUAGUAAGGAGUUACGUUAAUGUAGAAUGUAAAGUUACGUUAAUGUAGAAUGUAAAGUUACGUUAAUGUAGAAUGUAAAGGUUGUUGUGAGUUGUCAUGAUUAAUGUCGUGCAUGUUGCCAGUUGUUCGGUGAUAUUGGGUUUGAAAUUGUUAUUGCACGUAGACUUCAUAGCCACAUAUGGAGAGUUGAUCAUGGGUUCACAUUGUCAGUCAUAGCAUGGGCGUUUAGAUUAGGCUUGUUGUUUUAUGUUCAUUGUGUUUCGUAUACCUCCUAGUUGCUGCGCAGGCUAGAAAGUGUGAUUUUCCCCUGUCACGAUUGUAUAUGCUGUUUCAUGUAACUUUUGAGAUGAUGUUAUGGUGAUCCACUAUUUUAAUUGUUAAAGAUUUGUAUAAAUUUGUCGAUAUAGUUGUAUAUAAUGUACCAUUAAAUCAAAAUGCACAUAAAAGAGUAUUGUAAAUAAUUUCUGGUUGCAAGGUACAGUAUUACAAACAAAGUAUAAUUGCCCCUAUUAUUUCUAAAUAGAUGUAGCAGAAGAGACAAGUAAUUUUAUGUAGUAUAUUGUAAGUAGUUUUUAUGUCUAGUCUGCCUGGUUUAUUUAUUCAAUCAUAGCCUGAGGGGCACAAAGUUAUGAAAAGAUAAAUUUCAUCUUGUCAGUUAUUUAUGGUGAGGAAGAGAAUAAAAGACAUUCCAACUGA